AUGAGCGUGGAGAGGAACCUGGUUGUUACCCCGACAAUGAGCGUGGAGAGGAACCUGGUUGUUACCACGGCGAUGAGCGUGGAGAGGAACCUGGUUGUUACCGCGGCGAUGAGCGUGGAGAGGAACCUGGUUGUUACCGCGGCGAUGAGCGUGGAGAGGAACCUGGUUGUUACCGCUGCAAUGAGCGUGGAGAGGAACCUGGUUUCUACCGCAACAAUGAGCGUGGAGAGGAACCUGGUUGUUACCGCGGCAAUGAGCGUGGAGAGGAACCUGGUUUCUACCGCAACAAUGAGCGUGGAGAGGAACCUGGUUUCUACCGCAACAAUGAGCGUGGAGAGGAACCUGGUUGUUACCACGGCAAUGAGCGUGGAGAGGAACCUGGUUGUUACCACGGCGAUGAGCGUGGAGAGGAACCUGGUUGUUACCGCGGCGAUGAGCGUGGAGAGGAACCUGGUUGUUACCGCUGCAAUGAGCGUGGAGAGGAACCUGGUUUCUACCGCAACAAUGAGCGUGGAGAGGAACCUGGUUGUUACCGCGGCAAUGAGCGUGGAGAGGAACCUGGUUGUUACCGCGGCAAUGAGCGUGGAGAGGAACCUGGUUGUUACCACGGCAAUGAGCGUUGAGGAACCUGGUUGUUACCACGACGAUGAGCGAGUGAGAACCUGGUUGUUACCACGGCAAUGA